AUGUCGGCCGCACAACUUCUCAAUCCCAAGGCCGAGUCGAGGAGGCGCGGGGAAGCUCUCCGUGUUAACAUCUCGGCCGGAGAGGGACUGCAACAGGUACUUGCUUCAAAUCUGGGACCCCGCGGUACACUGAAGAUGCUUGUCGAUGGCGCUGGUGGAAUCAAGCUCACAAAAGAUGGAAGCGUUCUGCUCAAGGAAAUGCAAAUCCAAAACCCCACUGCCGUUAUGAUUGCGCGCGCAGCAACAGCACAAGACGAGAUCACUGGCGACGGCACAACCUCUGUGGUACUCUUGGUGGGCGAGCUCCUGAAGCAGGCUGAUCGCUAUAUUUCUGAAGGUCUCCACCCCCGAGUCAUCGCAGACGGCUAUGACAUCGCGAAGACAGAGUCGCUAAAGUUCCUGGACGAAUUCAAGCUCGCAAAGGAAGUCGACCGCGAACUCCUCCUCUCAGUCGCCCGAACGUCGUUGUCAACAAAGAUCAACAGCUCACUCGCAGAACAAUUGACCCCCGACAUCGUCGAUGCCGUCCUCGCCAUCUACCAGGCGCCCGCGAAGCCUGAUCUACACAUGGUUGAGAUCAUGACCAUGCAACACCGCACUGCUGCCGAUACACAGCUUAUCCGUGGGCUUGCUCUAGACCACGGCGCAAGGCAUCCAGACAUGGCCAAGCGUGUCGAGAACGCAUACAUCCUGACCCUCAACGUCAGCUUAGAGUACGAAAAGUCCGAGAUCAACUCUGGCUUCUACUACUCAAGCGCUGAACAGCGAGAGAAGCUGGUCGAGAGCGAGCGCCGGUUCGUUGAUGAAAAGCUGAGGAAGAUUGUUGAGCUCAAGAAGGAGGUUUGCGGUGACGAUCCCAAGAAGGGCUUCGUGAUAAUAAACCAAAAGGGCAUUGACCCUCUCAGCUUGGACGUACUUGUCAAGAACGGCAUCUUCGCGCUAAGGAGGGCGAAGAGGAGGAAUAUGGAGCGUCUGCAACUCGUAUGCGGUGGAACGUCGCAAAACAGCGUAGACGACAUGACUCCUGACGUCCUCGGCUGGGCAGGUCUUGUCUACGAGCACCAGCUGGGCGAGGAGAAGUACACCUUCAUCGAAGAUGUCAAGGAGCCAAAGUCGGUCACAUUACUCAUCAAGGGACCAAACUCGCACACUAUUGCCCAGAUCAAGGAUGCUGUUCGCGACGGUUUGAGGAGUGUGUACAACAUGAUAGUCGACGGAAGCGUCGUACCCGGAGGCGGUGCUUUCCAGGUCGCAUGUGCAGCUCGCCUAAACAGCGAACAGUUCAAGAAGACAGUCAAGGGUAAAGCAAAGUGGGGUGUUUCAGCAUUUGCUGAUGCAUUGCUCGUUAUUCCCAAGACGCUUGCGGCGAACUCAGGUCACGACAUUCAAGAUUCUUUGGCUGCACUCCAGGACGAGCAUGCCGAGGGCAACGUAGUAGGCCUGAACCUCUCAACCGGAGAAGCGAUGGACCCUACUCAAGAAGGUGUCUACGACUCAUUCCGGGUUAUUCGCAACAGCAUAGCUUCUGCUACUGGUAUCGCGUCCAACCUGCUGCUGUGUGAUGAGAUGCUCAAGGCACGACAAAUGGGACGGGCGCCGGGACCUGGUGGCGACGAACAAUGAUAGUGUUGCGUCUAUUCUAUUUCCGCAAGACAAGCUACCGCAGCGUCACUGCGUCACUGCGUGAAACGUCAUGUUUCCCGCGCAUGCGACUACUCAAUGUGUAGGACAUGGAGACGCUACUUUGAGGUCGCACGCACAGUCACGGCGGCAACUCGGGAUGCUUUGUCUAAAUAGAUUAACAUAGGCUAAACCGAUGCACAUGAUCAUUGAAAUGCACCCAAUGUCACAAA